CGCCCCCGGCCGCCCCCUGGCGGCGGCGCGCUGUGACGUGGCGCUUCCGGCGGGGCGGCGGCGGCGGGAGGCGGUCGGGGAUGGCCUGACCCUGCCCCGCUGGGCACCGAGGGGCUGCGGGACCCUCCGGGACCCCCGGGACUCUCCGCCGGGCCCGGUGAGGUGAGCGCAGCGCCGCCGGUUCGGUGUCUCGGGAGCGAGGAGGACAAUCCGCAGCGAGGAGCUCCCGUCCCUGCGGUCUCCCGGCGUCUGUUGUGAGCCCGAAGGUGGCACCGGGGCAGCCCCGGAGGUCCCCGCUGCCGCCGCGCCGCUCGCUCACACCGGGCACCGGGAGGUCGAGGCGGGCAUCGCGGCGAUGGAGCCCCCGGCCGCCCCCCUCAUCGUGGGGGUGGGGGACGAGGUGACGCUGGUGGCCGGGGUGGCCGUGCUGGUGCUGGCGCUGGUGCUGGCCUGGCUGUCCACGUACGUGGCCGAGGGCGGCAGCCAGCUCCUGGGCACCGGGGACGCGGCCGUCAUCCGCCUCGGGCCGCUGCCGCCCUACGCGGGGCCCGCGGGGGCGGCCGAGGCCCCGGAGCCCCCCAGGAGCCCCGCGGGCGCGGAGGAGAAAACGGAGGAGGAAGGGGCGGCGGCACCGGGGGACAGCGGGAGCGCCCCCGAGCCCGGCCUGGAGCAGCUGCCGGACGCGCCCGGCUUGUCCCGGGGCCCCGCUGAGCCCGGGGGAACCGGGGACGCGUGCCCCGGCCUCAUCAAGAUCCGCCUCAAGUUCCUCAACGACACCGAGGAGGUGGCGGUGGCCCGGCCCGAGGACACCGUGGGGCUUCUCAAGAGCAAAUACUUCCCGGGCCAGGAGGCCCAGAUGAAGCUCAUCUACCGCGGGCAGCUGCUGCAGGACCAGGCGCGCACGCUGCGCUCGCUCCGCAUCACCGACAACUGUGUCAUCCACUGCCACCGCUCCCGGGGGGACACCGCGGCCGCCGCCGCCCUGCCCGAGCCCGGCCCCGCCGGCCCCGCGGCCCCGGGGCUGCCCCUGGCCGGGGGCACGCUGAUGGUGCCCACGGUGAUGGUGGUGCUGGCGCUGGGCUGGUAUUUCCGCAUCAACUACCGGCAGCUCUUCACGGCCCCGGCCACCGUGUUGCUGAUCGGUGUCACCGUGCUGGUCACCUUCCUGGCCUUCGGGCUGUACGGGCAGGCGGGGUGAGCCGGGGGCACCUCGGGGUCCCUGUCCCCGCGCUGUGCCCCGAGCCGGCGCUGGGUCCCAGCCUUGAUGCCGGACUUUGCCCCCCCAAAAAGGGGCUGUGCCCCCCCCAAACUCCACUGCCCCUCCCCAGCUCUGGCGGAGCGGGACAGCACUGGAACGGGCCGUGGCUCCUUCCCAAGGACUUUUUAAUGCAAAUAAAGGGUGUCAAGUCA